GCUUUUAUUUUAAAUGUACCACCCGCUUCUUGACCAAUGCCCCAUUGUAGGUGUUGUGGGUAUGUGUCAUCAUCUGGAAGCAAGGAUCAUCAUCAUCAUUCCACGCGAAUGUGCGUGCUCUGACCCUCGUGAGUCAGUAGCCUCGGUGAAUUCGAAUCGGCUGGACGCCUCGAAGGACAUCGGUAGCCCUUGUGCAAGACGAUGACUUACCCGACGGCGCCAGGCAACCAGACAUACGAGACAGCUGCCGAAGGGCAAAGCUAUCCUUUUCGCAACCAGGGCUACCAAGCAUCGGGUAUGCAGUGGCAGGUACCGCAGCAGGGCUACGCGGCCGUCCAUAACGCCCCGCAGGCGGCCGCCAUCCGACAUCAACAGCAGCAGCGAGUACCGGGCACGCAGCGGCAGAUACCGCAGCAGGCAUAUGCGGCUGUCCAGAACGCCCCGCAGCCGGUUGACAUCCAAGAGCAACAACAGGAGCAAGUACCGGGCACGCAGCGGCAGGUACCGCAGCAGGGCCACGCGGCCGUCCAUAACGCCCCGCAGGCGGCUGCCAUCCAACAGCAACAGCAGCAGCGAGUACCGGGCACGCGGCGCCACGCACCGCAGAAGGGCUACGCGGCCUUUCAGAAUGCACCGCAGGUGCCUGCCAUCCAACAGCAACAGCACCAGCAAGUACCGGGCACGCAGCGGCAGGUAUCACAGCAGGGCUACAUUGCCGUCCAGAACCUCCUGCAGGCGGCUGACAUCCAACAGAAAGAUCCGCAGCAAGUACUGGGCACGCAGCGGCAGAUACCGCAGCAGAGCUACGCGGCCGUCCAGAAUGCCCCGCAAGCGGUUGAUAUCCAACCGCAACAGCUGUACGUAAUGACGAACCAGGGAUACUACCCGAGCACGAUGGCUGCCGCCUACCAGGCGGCCGCGGCGCUUCAGCCGCAGCAACAGCAGAAACAACAGCAACAGAAGCAGGAGCAACAGGUGCAGCUGCAGCCACAGCAGUAUGCGCGCCAGGCCCAGGCCUGGCAGAACUACCCGGCGCAGGCCUACGCCGUGCCGCAGGCCAACCAGGCGGCUUACCAGCAGUCGCUGGCCUACCUGGGUUCCAAAAGCUACACAGGAGCACAGAUUGGUGCUUCGGUUUCCCCGCUGAACGGAGCGGCGAGCUACUCGGCUGGCUGGCCCAGCGCAGCUGCUUCUGCCGACAAGCAGUCAAAAAGUCCAUGGGCCACGUACCAGCAGGCGACGGGGGCGCGGCCUUCUCGGUGUCCCUCUCCGCAGAACGGCGACGCCGGUCGCCAAAAUUACUACUACGGCAACAGCUACCCAAGUGCAAGCGAAUACCCUUCAGUCUACGGGAUUUACACCGUCUCCACUCCAGACGGCUACCAGAGGCCGAGCUACGGACAGGGAUACGGACGACCGCGUGUCUGCCAAGCGCAGUCCCGUUAUCCCCAAGGUCGCUAGCCUGCGGCGCCACAGCGCGAAUACGGUCAUCAGCCGCCGCUGCUGCAGAGACGUGGGCGAACGGAACGACACGAGCUUCAAGGGUCGUCAAGCUAAAUUAUUAAAGUAGUAUUUCCGAGGCGCACAAGGGCGCAGGUUUCCGUGGGAGAGAGGCGCCUAACAACAGGCACGUGUGACGUCAUCGAUUUUAAUGCAUCUCGUAUUCGGGUCGUUUUGGAGCAGUAAACGUUUUUGAAGCUCCUCGUGUUCACUCAAUUGCUCCUUCAGACUACAGUGGAGCCUAUCUUUACCGUUAGAAAAUCAACUAUAGGCGCAAGGACACGCCCUCAAAAUCUAUGACGUCGCAGCAAGCAGGUGCCGGAACCUCAAGGCGGCGUCGCCACCCGACUUUGGUUUUGGCCUCUUUACUGACUUAGCGGGCCUCCUCAGACGGCACUUUUUCGUCAUUAUAAAGCCUAACGUACUAACACGACUGAACUUUUUUUUUUCUUUUUGUAGUGUCCCUUUAAAACACCUGCGGCCGAAUUCACAAAGGUUCGUAAGUGCCGUUCACCAUUGGCCGGCCGCCUUCGCUAAUGUGUUUCACAUCACAAUUGCCCCGAAUUUGCUCUUACGCACUCUUCUAGCGUAAAAAGAAGGUUUCGCGAAUAUGGACCCUGCAUGGUGUACGCCGAAAGGUCCUCGCUAUGUUUACUUUGCUCACGUCUCGUGUCGCUACGCAAAAAUAAACAUUUCUGUCGGAUAAUCUGCGUUGCCGGCGACCAUGCACGCCAACCCCUGCACUACAACUGGCGGAUCUGCGAGUUCGACGGUGCGCCCACGCGCCCUCGCAUAUGUGUAGCCGGCGGCGGGAGAUCCUCGUCGUCCCACGCGAUUCCUUGGCGCAAUAAGUCGCGCUCGCGCGCGUACCUACAUGCGUCCCCCCGCCGCAUAGUGUGCGUGUGUAUUUGUGCUGUGUACAUGCGUCAGUGUGCGUGCGCGCGCGUGUAGGCGUGUUUGCCUCUCUCCUUGCCCGCUGGUCUUUGCGCGAGCUUGUGUUCGUGGCACGGCGGGCGCUUAGCUUACGCGACGUAUACGUCGCAUAUAGCAGUCUUGGUGGACUGAGGGUUCGCGUUUGCUUUUUGUUUUUUUGUUUUCUUGCUCUCUUACUCUCCCUCUCUCUCUCUGCAUACAUGAUUGCGGCACUCGUCAAAUUUUGUCUUCGCUUUUUGUUUGCUUCGGAGGUCUCGGUCCAAACAUGAAGGGAGGAGAAAUGCGUGCCACGCCUGUAGGAGGAAAGGUGAUGCGCGGCGGCUGAAAGCUGCAGGAGUAGGAAGUUCGAUCAGUGGGCAACACCCGUCCCGUGGGGGCACGUCCGACGGGCUGCUCUUUUUUGGUGGCUCGAUCUUUCUUGAACAGCGGACACGACUGUGGUGUAUAUUCCUGACGACGUUUCGGCUGUCUGCGCAGUUUGGAGCGACGUCCUAUUGUCGUAGUGCCCGCAGUGACUAUGAAGUAGCGAUUUCAAACAUUCCGGCAAAAGCACCUCGUGCGACAUAGUUUACAGCGAUUCUGACUUAUGCCGCCCGGCCUUGUUGUAUAGUCUGUGGCAAGAACUAGCACAGAACACACGGUGACAGCACAGGCCUACAAGUUAAGUCUUUCUUUAUUUUUAUUUUUAGUUUUAUCUUCUUAUUCAUUUACGGAGGCGCCACGCACUAAUCCUGUCAGACACUUGGAGAAGCAUCAAUUUUGCAAACAAUUAAUUCAUCACAAUUUUUUAAGCAGUAUUUCCGAAGCAAUGUUCAGUGCACAUAAAUGUUCUUAGAUAACCUGGGGUGUUGAGCUUCUGCUGGCACACCGCGGCUCUGGAGCGUUCCUUUUCGUUAUUUAUUACCGCGGAAUGAAAAAUUCUGAAUAUUUGUUAGAUUUUAGGCCCCAGAGGAAGAUCAUAUAAGCCGCACGUUUAUAUUUUCUAUAAGUGCGUUAUAGCACUUCUACCCGCAGCUCCACCAAAUAUGUUACGUGCACAUGGGAAGAAGGCAGACGAGAAGCUAUAUACAAGUGUAUCUAUAUACAAUUGAAUGCGCUGUGCAUGGCCAAAUGGCAACAGCCCGCUCUAUAGCCUCCAUUCGUAGUCGUCGUCUAAACACCACUGGCCCAUUCGUCAUCACAAAUACUGGUCCGUAUCAAUAAUUUGGACUAUUUGCUGAUUUACAGGGCAUCACUCGACAGAUGUCAAUUUUACCCAAAGUAUCCCCGCAAUUCUGUACCCCGUGACUACGCGGCCGCGCGAAGUGGCGUUAGCGCCUUCAAACGCAUUUACGACAAACUAUCGAUUUUCCCCGCAGGUCGCAAGUAUACGGUAUGAAUAGGCCGUAAUUGGCAGUGAUGGAUGCCGGACGACGGCUCGGGUCGUCAUUUCUUCUCUCGGCAAAACGUGCUCGAAAGUUGCUGUUUGUGUGCUUUCUUAGCUGAUUUUUUAUGUGAUACCAGUCCGCGCAGCUUUCACCGUUCUUCUUCAAGAUGCCUUUAUAUGCAACAGGAAGAAGACAUCUCGUGAGCUCUCAAUUCUUGGCUCGCAUCUCCUUUCGCUUGACAAAACGUGCACCUGUGUGUUCUUACUGGAACAGCUAUUGCGCAUGCCGUGGAAUUCUAGAAUGCAUGAUGGGUACUUCUUUCGAGCUCUUAUUCAACGCGUCAAUAGCUUGCGCCCUUGUGAUACAGUGGGACUCGUAAAUAUUUCCGUAGACGGGACAUUCAUGUCGAGAAUCGGAAAGCUGGGAACCACGUCUUUUUUUUUUACGCCAUCGCGCGCGUCUCUUUCCUCGGAGCGAGCGUUUCGGCUUUUCCUAGAUUUUUGGUUACGAGCCGCCCUUUGAAAACACUGACCCCUUCUCGACAACUGAAAUUCUUUAACGUUCCUAACACAUUGUUCGGUGUGUAUUUUUUAGCAAACUAAACUCAUCGUUCCUGGACUUUCCCGUUUCAUGACGAAGUGUUUUGCUUGCUUUGUGCGUGCUUGUGGGUGCGCACGCACGCGUGAAGGCGUAUGAAUGUGUGUUCUUUAGUGCGAUCUCGUAAUAACGCGGGUCUUAAGGCCUACGUCAUCGUGACGAUAAGUAGAAAACCGGGGUAUAUACCCGUUAAACAGCUUGUCAGACUUCCUAGUUGUUCGUCGGUUGAUCCUCAAGGAUAGGACGCCUUCAUACCCAGACUCACCCCUUCGACUCCACGUUCCAAAUAGGCUAUACAUGCACACACCUGUACGCGCACUAUGCGCACGUGCCAAGAAUCGGAUGGUACGAGGAGUCAAAAAUAAAAAGAUAAUUUUGACGCAAGAAAAAAUGAAACGAAAUAAUUAAAUUAGGGAGUAUUCGAUACACACGUAGUAAUAACUAAAUAAGUCGCACUGUAUGUGCGCACUGAGUUGUGAUGGCAACGUGAUUCGUCUUCUUUCUUUCUAUAAAACACGCAAGUGCAAGUAUACCGUAAUCAGCCGUUAGAGGUUGCAAAUCUCAAAUUCGGUCGCCUACCAAUAUCAGGGCCACCGGGCCGUUUAAGCAAGCUUUGCCUGUCCCCUUGUCAUAUUCUUUGCAGCUUGUGCCUCUCAGUACCCGUUCGUCCUGCGUUGGACAGCAUCAUCGCCAUCGUUGCUGCGCAACCAGCCAUUAGCCUAAAGACCGCCGAAUACUGCCGCCUGUGAAGCCGCACCACACGACUGGGGUGGGGCCCACGUGCCCGCGCAGGGUCCAGUUGUCCCCGCCGGCGCUCACACAGCCACCGCCGACGUCAUGACAUCGCGGACGAGCAGCAACGGCACCCCCGUGGACGAGGUCGAGGAAGUGUUUCGGGUACUGCGCGGCCAGGAGCGCGUGGUGGGCGUAAUCGCCACCACGGCCGACGGGGCGCCGAUCAAGUCGACGCUCGAGGACGCCGCCGAGACCAGCCGGUACGCGCAGCUCGCGGCGGGCCUCUGCGACCAGGCCAGGAGCGCCAUGAGCGACGCGGGUCCCGGCGAGGAGCCGACGUUCUUCAAGAUGAAGACCCGCCACCACGAAGUCAUCAUCUCGCCAAGCAAGAGGUACACGCUCGUCGUGCUCACCGAAGUCCCACAGCCGCCACCCACCGAGGCCGGACAAUGAGGAAGUGGACAACGCUGCCUCGCAAGAUCGUUAUGGACUAUACCUGCGUGCGCCGUGUAGUUGCCGCGUGAAAUUGAGUGAUUCAGCAAAAUUACAAAGCCACGGCAGAUUCAUCACUUUUGCUGCGUGCGCGAGUGAAGACGGUGCUUUUGCGGUUUAACUACAAAGCCGUAGUCGGGAGACGACACCGUCGAGGGUCUCGAAACAGGCGUGCGGCGAGAAGCGAUGCGAAAAUAGAAAAUUCAGCAUAUCGCACGAGCAGCUGAGUGAGGCGCACCUUUCUUCCGUGCGAUGUCUUCGCAUCUUUCGCAUCACAUGGCGCAUCACAAAAGUCGAAACACAUACUCAUGCGCUUAGUAGGUAACAUGACACUCAAUACGUUACCAGCUCUUAUAGCUGCCACAGUAAAAUUAUUCUCAUUGUGCGA